CUUCUGCCCCAAUCUGUCUGCAAUCUCCACCAAGCUGAAGCUGGCCCACAAUGUAGCUGGUGUCACCUUUCUUGCCUUUGGGAAUGGCGCACCAGAUGUCUUCAGCGCUGUGGUGGCAUUCUCCGACCCACGGACAGCUGGCCUAGCCAUUGGAGCCCUCUUUGGUGCUGGGAUCUUUGUCACCACCAUAGUGGCUGGAGGUAUAGCCAUAGUGAGACCUUUCACCACAGCCUCCAGGCCAUUUCUCAGGGAUGCCAUCUUCUAUAUGGUGGCUGUGUUUUUGACGUUCGUGGCUCUCUACUUUGAGAAGGUCACCCUGGCAGAAGCCCUGAGUUACAUUGGGCUCUACAUCUUCUACGUCUUGACAGUAGUGGUCAGUACGUGGCUGCACAAAAGGCAGCGCAGGGAGAACCUGGCCUCUUCUGCUCCUACGGAACCAGAGCUUCCAAGAGACUCUGAAGAUGGGGACUCCUCAAGCUUCAGUGGAGGAGACUACAGGGAAGAAUACCAGCCCUUGCUGCCCUUGGAGGAGAGCACGCUCCAGAUCCUGACGCAUUCCAUGAACCCCCUGGAUUACAGGAAGUGGAGGAGGAAACCCUGCUACUGGCGUGUCCUCAAGGUCUUCAAGUUGCCUGUGGAGUUGCUGCUGCUGCUGACAGUCCCUGUUGUGGACCCUGACAGGGAGGACCAAAACUGGAAGCGACCUCUGAACUGCCUGCACUUGGUCACUGCCCCCGUUGUUUGUGUUCUCACAUUGAAGUCCGGAGAAUAUGGCUUUUACAAGAUCCAGGCUGUCUUCCCAGUAUGGGGUGUGGUGAUCCUAACAGGGGCCCUCUUGGCUGUGAUUGUCUUCUGCACUACAAGGAAUGAAGAACCACCCCGAUAUCACAUUAUUUUUGCUUUCCUGGGUUUCCUAGUCAGUGCCAUGUGGAUCAAUGCUGCUGCCACAGAAGUGGUGAACAUCUUGAGGACUUUGGGUGUGGUCUUCCGUCUGAGCAACACUGUCCUUGGGCUGACGCUGUUGGCUUGGGGGAACAGCAUAGGGGACACUUUCUCGGACCUCACCAUGGCUCGGCAGGGAUACCCACGUAUGGCCUUUUCUGCUUGCUUUGGAGGCAUUAUCUUCAAUAUGCUUGUUGGAGUUGGACUUGGUUGCCUGCUGCAGAUGACAAACACCAAACUGGUAGUGAAGCUGGACUCAGAUGGCCUCCUGGUGUGGAUCUUGGCUGGAGCUCUGGGUCUUAGCCUGGUGUUCUCUUUCCUCGCGGUGCCUGCCCAGUGUUUCCACCUGAGCCGAGGAUAUGGCUGUUGUCUCAUUGUCUACUACUUGGCGUUCUUGACGGUUGCGCUGCUGACAGAGUUCAGGGUUAUCCGUCUGUCCACCUUCUCCUAAGGACGUCUCUUGCCCUAGAUCUUGUUUGUGCUGCCAUUGACGAUGGAGGCGGGAUGACAAGCCCCCUCUUGAUUGGAAUGUCUACUGGACAGUGCCUUGAAGCAGAAAGCAGCCUGUACUGCUGGCAAAUACAGAACAGGCCUGCUAACCAAGACUGAUUGUUACCGCUGAGGGAAGGAGACCAGUUUGACUCUCAAAAAAGCAAGGCCGCUGUAAAGUCACCAAGGGAUGAAGGCACGACCCUCCUAGCUGCUUUGUUGUGACUUUUCUAACCCAGGGCUAAGUGUGCUAAAUUGUGCCCCAAAGCCCUUAGGAAGUUGUAAGCCCUGAUCAGUAUUAACUUUUUCUAUCAACAGGCAUUAUUUUAGAUUGGAUUAGUGGUGUUACGCUAUGUUUUUUCUUCCUUAAACCAUUUUUAGCACA